AUUAAUUGCGUGGUCAACCUUAAUGUUGAUGCUGCUCCGGCAAAGUCUGUUGAAUAAAUCACCACUUGCCUACUACAAAUGAAACAAAUUAACCGUUAAAUUAUGAAUUUAUGAUCGGAUAUCGAUUCCGAAAACCAUAAAACAGAAGCAUCCAAUUUCACCCAAAAAAAAGUUACUCGCUCAAAGAGUAAAGUAAUCAUGUUAGAAUCGAAGGAUUAUUUGCUUAUAUUGAUCGUAAGCGCUUCAAUGAUUUCGAUUCCGGCGACGGGAGUGUGGCUAGCGUUCCAACCCGGCGACAGUUGCUUAGGAGGCGUUGGGACAAUCUGUUUUACAUUUGGUUUCUUAGUAAUCUUGUUUGUUUGUUGCGUCAUGUGUGGCUGCAACAAGGAGAGCCCCGCGGUUCUUAGCGCCUGCUGUUGCACUGUGAUAGCCUUAUUUCUUGGAAUUAUAGUGGUCUCCUUAUAUGCUUUAAUAAGCAGCACUCUUGGCUUUGCCUUACUUGAGAAACAUAUUAUUGCCACGGGGAGUUGGAUGGACAUCAAACACUGCCUUUAUGAAACCAAAAAUGUGUGCUAUCAACUGGAGCGCAAGUAUGCUGAUGACACUCCAGAUCAGUUUACAGCUAGACACUUGACUUUGGUAGAGUCUGGUUGUUGCAAACCUCCGACGGAGUGCAACUUUAAUUUCUCAAGCCCAACUAUUUGGAUCGAGACUACUAAUAGCACCUACUCAAACUCUGACUGUUACAAAUGGGAUAAUGACCCAAAAAAGCUUUGUUAUAAUUGUCAAGUAUGCAAGCUUGGUUUCGCCAGAGAUUUGAAGAAGACCUGGAAUAUCAGUGGUUCUAUCAUGGUUACAGCUUGGCUAGUGAUUGUUUUAGUUAUUGCAUAUGUUGGACCUUUCAGCAGAUCGGGGUAUGGCUACAAUGAACUAAGAUAGGA